CGAACAACAGUCCUUUCUCCCGUUCACUGUGCGUGGUGGCGGGACUGCUGCGCUGCAGAGAGAUGGAAACAGAUCUAUUGUUGGAGCGCGGUUCAGCAAGCUGGGAUGCCACGGAGCACGCGAUCUUACCCGGUGAGCAGUUCCGCGGCAGAGCCACGACCGAAAAGACCAUAAAUCUGCUCUCCCGGGAUUCUACUGGAAAAGAUAGUUCGCCAACGUGUCUGUCUCCUCCAACCCUCUUCUCUCUCUGACCAGUAGUAGAGGGGGAGGCAGAGGUGGCAGAGGUAUACUUUCCACUGACAUACCCAGAGACACCGAGCUACCCUUACGAUUACUCCUGGCCAGGCUCUUGUUCUGAAGGUUGUUCAUUAGGGCGCAGGGCACCAGUUGCAAUGGGGCAUGGUUGGACCCUUGGGAUUCCACCAGGGGACAUUGGCAACGUGCCAAGAUACCUCUUCUUGGCUGUACAGAGCGUCCUUCUCUUGGCAGCAAUUUAUGUAUCUUUCGCAGCUCCUUUCGACCCAGUGGCACCGAAAUGCUUGCGGAUCGGUGCUCUGUCAAUUGCCUUCUCUGUCAAUAUAUUGGAGCGAUCUCUGUUUUGGUUUUGCCGUGCCCAUAGAAAUUGUAAAGACCGUGUAUUGUGGAAUCUUCGUGCAGACUUUAUUCGCCUUUUGGUCACUGAAUUGUUUAUCUAUAUUGGCCUGGGUAUAGCACUUUAUACCACUUCUUGGUACUACUUGAAUGGUUUUCCCGAGGGUAACUAUUUGCGUAAUGGCUACACUGUUGUUACGGUGAUUGGUUUUCUCUAUUUCUUGACAGCAGUAGUGAUGAAAACAGUUAUCUUUGCCAAAUUAGCUCGUUUCGUUGUCAAAGCUAGGACUGCAAGGGACUCGAAUGCUGUCUUUUUUCAGGAGCGUCUUUUCAUCGUGAUAUUCAGCAGUAGCAGUGCAUGGGCACACAUACAAGUUGACUAUGUGGUUUUGAUUGCAGUAAUCUUGCAAACCCUUUCGGUUACUUAUUUGUGCCUGUUGCGAUGAUUGCCAUUAUUCUAAUGGGUAUGUGGUACCUGUAUAUUCUUGAUGUCUUGCCUUGGGCUUGGUUUUUCCCAACUUCAAUUCUGGACAGUCCUCCACCACACAAGAACAUUCACGAUAUCAGCGCCUUUUCAUCGCUCUAUCAGGAGAUGCACGGUUUGGUUAUAGCCUUUGGUGGUUUUAGGAUGAACAUACUACGACUAGCAAGACCCAAAUUUGUGUUACCACUGUUUGGGCUACUCAUCACGUUCAGUUUCUUAAUAACGGUUUAUAUCGUCGUAUUUUUAUUGCAGUGAUCUUACGAACUUUCUGCUAAAUCACAUGGUUUUGUUUCAACACAAACAUUAUCCCGCUUGCCAUGUAUUGUGUUGUCCACAUUGUGUACAUGUUAUAUAGUGCUGUGGGUUUUCUGAUCUGAACAUUUUUAUUCGGAG